AGUGUGUCUGUGACUUCCUGUACGGACUGAAGGCUGCUGGAAACUGUCCGACUUCACCGCAGCUUUUUGUCACCGCCUCCCGCUGCGGCCGCCUGCUCUCGUCUAUUUUCCAGGCGAGGCGCAGCUCAUCUCGAACGAGCCUAUUGUCACACUGAACAAGAUGGCGUCUGGUGGAAACGUGUGUUAGCAGAGUGUCUUUGUUGUGUUUGUAAAGUGUGAACAUGUCUAAAGUCCAAAUGCUGAGAUCGUUGGUGAAGCAGCGACUAACUGCGGCUGCUGAAGAGAUAUUUGGGCUGGUUGAAAGAACGAUAGCAGAGUACGAGGAGGAACUUUGUCGAUCAAAAGAGGAGAACGAGCGACAACGGAAACUACUGGACGCUGUUUUCAACCCUCAGCUUCGGUUACACAGAGCAGACGUCCAGCAGCUGUUGGUGGUUAAAGAAGAGGUUCCCCCUGAGCAGCAGGAGUGGAGCUCCAGUGUGGACCAGGAGGACCCAGAGCCUCCACACAUUAAAGAGGAACAGGAGGAACUCUGGAUCAGUCAGGAGGGAGAGCAGCUUCAAGGGCUGGAGGAGGAUGAUAUCACCAAGUUCACAUUCACUCCUGUCCCUGUGAAGAGUGAAGAUGAUGAAGAGAAACCUCAGUCCUCACAGCUUCAUCAAAGACACACUGAACAGAUGGAAACAGAAGCAGAGGGAGAGGACUGUGGAGGAGCAGAACCAGCCAGGAACUCAGAUCCAGAUACACAUUUAAAACCUGAGACUGAUGACAGUGAUGAUUGGACGGAGACCAGAGAACCUCAGUCAGGUUUAAACUCUCUGAAAAAUGAUGAAGUCCCUGUCAGUGAUUUGAUUAUUUGUGAGAAACCAUUUAGCUGUUCUGAGUGUGGGAAAACAUAUGUUCGACAUGAAGAUCUGAAGAGACACGUGAGAUCUCAUACAGGAGAGAAACUCUUUUGCUGCUGUGAGUGUGGGAAAACAUUUGGUUACAGUGGAGGUUUGAAGAAACACAUGAGAACUCACAAAGGAGAGAAACUAUUUAGCUGUUCUGAGUGUGGGAAAAGAUUUGGUUACAGUAGAGAGUUGAAGAAACACAUGAGAACUCACAAAGGAAAGAAACUAUUUAGCUGCUCUGAGUGUGGGAAAGGAUUUGGUUACAGUUACAGUAGAGAUUUGAAGAAGCACAUAAGAACUCACAAAGGAGAGAAACUAUUUAGUUGCUCUGAGUGUGGGAAAAGAUUUGGUUACAGUAGAGACACAUGAGAUGUCAUCCAGGAGAGAAACCAUUUAGUUGCUCUGAGUGUGGGAAGGGAUUUGGUGAGAAUGGAAAACUGAAGAAACACAUGAGAUGUCAUACAGGAGAGCAAACAGUUUAGCUGCUCUGAAUGUGUAAAAUCAUUGACACAAAAUGGAUAUUUACAUAUGUAAAUGAAAAUUCAUGAGGGAGAAAAGUGAUUUGGCUGUUCAGUCUGAAACAAAAAAUCUAUUUGGAAUAAGAUUUUAAAAAGACUCAUGACUGAUACAGAGCCAAACAUUUAUGUAUGUAUGUUAUUAAAUGUAUGUAUUUACUCCCUUACUUCUUUACCAAGAUCAGUCUUGUACAGCGGGGCGGCACGGUGGUGUGGUGGUUAGCACUCUCGCCUCACAGCAAGAGGGUUGCCGGUUCGAUCCCGGGCGUGGGAGCCCCUCUGUGCGGAGUUUGCAUGUUCUCCCCGUGUCAGCGUGGGUUCUCUCCGGGCACUCCGGCUUCCUCCCACAGUCCAAAGACAUUCAGGUUAAUUG